AUGGAGUUGGAGGAUGACCAACCUGUGUCCUCCAAGCCUCGGGGUAUCACCAUAAUUACGCCGGAUGCGUUUGCGACAGAAUCGACGCAGACCACAUCCAUUGACUCUACCACGCCACCACUAUGGCGAAGCAAGGAAUUUUAUGUGUACUACGUAACAGCUGCCUUUGUGAUUCCGUAUAUGAUUUGGGUGCCUAUAUCCUUAAGCUCUUCCACGCACCCUGAAUAUUUCCGACUCUUUCGUGACAAUGCAGUGCUGAUCUUUGUGUUGAUGGUGGUGUAUGCUCUGCUCUCUAGCAUGGUACGCUGGCUCGCUCAUGUCACGCGGAUACCGCAUGUGACAGCACGCACAGCCUUUCUCUUUAUUACGGGGAUCGUGUUUGUGACAGCAUUGCAUGGUGUGAACGUUCUCAAGAUGUUAGCCCUGGCGGGCAUCAAUUAUGGACUGGUCCGUGCAGCGCCAUGGGUCCCUCGACGCGUCAUAACUACGCUGAUUUGGGCCAUGAAUGGAGGUGCUUUGUUCCUAGCUUUCUACACGGAAGGCAUCCCAUGGCAUAUGCUCUCUCCAUCACUGGCCUGGCUCGAUGAGUACAGUGGUUUAAUUCGACGCUGGCAUAUUAGCUACAAUUUCACCAUGCUGAGGAUGGUCAGUUUUGCGUUGGACGCCGUGUGGGCACAGGCCGGGUAUGCGCCUGACCGCCCAGCAUUGACACCAGCGCAGCAACGUGUGCGGCAGUCGCGCCCCGUGCAAGAGUAUACAAUGCUAGCACAGUUGGUGUACCUUUGGUACCCACCGCUGUUCAUUGCUGGUCCCAUUAUGACGUUCAACGACUUUCAAUCACAGCGGGUGCAGCCACUCCAAGUGCCAUGGCGGUCGGUGGCGAUAUAUAUGUUGCGGUGUGCAGUGGCCUUGCUCUCUAUUGAGUUCAUGAUGCAUUACAUGUACGUUAACGCGAUGAAAAUGGCGCAUACAUGGAUGGGGUAUACGCCGAUGGAGUUGGCGAUCCUAGGGUUUUGGAGCUUGGAGUUUGUGUGGCUCAAGCUGGUCGUUCCCUGGCGUGUCUUCCGGUGCUGGGCACUGUUGGACGGCGUCGAUGCACCUGAAAAUAUGAUUCGCGCCAUUACCAACAGCCCGUCUGCGCUGCUGUUUUGGCGUGCAUGGCACCGCAGCUACAAUUUGUGGGUCGUACGGUACAUCUACAUUCCACUAGGUGGCACUCAACGACAGAUUCUCGCGUCUUUGGUGGUAUUUACUUUUGUGGCGCUCUGGCACGAUUUAUCGUUCACGCUUUUGGCGUGGGCGUGGCUCAUUGUGCUGUUCAUCGUGCCCGAAGUCCUAGGUCGCACCUUGGUUCCAGCGUCCAAGUACCAACAUACGCCGUGGUUCCGGCAUGUGCGUGCCUUGGGCACGGUGGCCAAUGUAUUCAUGAUGAUGUCGGCCAACCUGGUUGGGUUUGUCGUGGGAUUGGAUGGUGUACAAUAUGUCUGGUCACAGCUGCUCGGCACAAGAAAGGGAUGGGUAUGCAUUGCCGAGCUCAUAGGUGUGCUGUUUAUCGGUGCACAGCUUAUGUGGGAGUACCGCGCUGAAGAAAAAAGGCGAGGCAUUGUGCGUAAUUGCUAG